UUUUUAUAAGCAGACUGCUCCAUCACUUUACCCAGAGAAGGCUUAAACUGCAAGGAAGGGCGAUCUGAGACCGAAGGAGGCAGAAGGAACUCCUGGCAGCACCGGACCCAGAUUUAGAAAUCCUGAGCACAGAAAUCUGUCUUAUCAUCGCUUUAAGACUAUGGAUGAAUGGAGUGGAGCUGAGAAUUUAAUGACUAAUAUACUUGUGCUUUUGGGGAAAACCUUGACCUGUGUUGUCUGCCUGCUUUUGUUGGGAGCCCUGAUGCAUUAUUUGGGACACUUCCAAAAUCUGGAGGGCAGGGAGACAAAUUUGGCUGCAAAUGAAAGCAGGCUUUCGUGUCAAGUAGGUAUUUGUGUGGAGAGGGAGCUUCCCAUUUCGUGCUCCCGAAGAAACAGAAGACACGAAAGAAACACCCCUGAACUGAGGAUUGUCCUCGUGGGCAAAACCGGUGCCGGGAAGAGCGCCGCGGGAAACACCAUCCUGGGACAGAAGAAGUUUAAAUCUACCGUGUCACUCACAUCAACAACAAAAACAUGCGAAAAGAAGGAGACUGUAAUUGAUGGCAGGAAAAUUGUGGUUGUUGACACGCCUGGGUUUUUCGACACCAGUGUCACACCAGCAGAAACUUCCAAAGAAGUUGAAAAGUGUGUAAAAUGGUGCUACCCAGGCCCACAUGCAAUUAUACAGGUCAUGCAAGUGGGCCGUUUCACUAAGGAGGAAAAAAUGGUUGCUCAGGUAAUCCAAGGUAUUUUCAGCUUUGAGGCAAAGGAUUACAUGAUCAUAUUGUUCACCCGCAAAGAAGACCUGAAAAGAAAGACUUUGGAAACAUUCUUAAGUGAAGGAGAUGCCUCUUUUCAGGAGCAGAUUGAGAAAUGUGGGGGCCGUUGCCUGGCUUUCAGCAAUGAGGCUGAAGGUCUGGAGAGGGAAGAGCAGGUGAAGGAGCUGCUUGGCAUGAUCGAUGACAUGCUGGAGAAGAACAUCAAGGCCCCCCAUUACACUGAAAAGAUGCUCGUCAGCGACCAAAAACGGAUAGAAGAUUAUCAACGUCUGCAAAGAGAGAACAGAGAGCUGAGGAGGGAGAAAGAAGAGAAUGAAAAAUGGUUAGAAGGGAACAAAAGCUGGUGCAACAUACUCUAAUAGAUGCAGCCAAGUUGCCUUUUAAACAAAAUCCAAAACACAGCUUGGUGAUCCUUUUAUCAGGCACAAGCCUCAACAGUAUCACCCAAAUUUAUCUCCACGUAAGAGUGUGUGCAAGGGGCACAACCGUCUUAAGCCACUUUAUGUCCCUGUAAAUAAUAAUAAUAAUAGUAAUAAAACUUUAUUUAUAUCCCGCCACCAUCUCCCCACGGGGACUCGGGGCAGCUUACAUGGGGCAGUGGCCCAAACAACAUAAGAACAAAAUAUAAGCAACACAAUAAAUCACAAUAUAAAAAGAUAAAACAAUAAUACAAUAUAUCAAUAUAAACAACAAUACAAGAUAAAAAUUUCAUUUAAAACACAUAAAUGGUAAGACCACAUGGUCAUACCGUUCUCUAAAUAGCAUAUUUAGUUAAUCAGGUGGAAAAAACAUAGGAUGCAACACUAGUAGCUCACCGAUCAGCCACUGCUUCUAGACUAUCCCAAAGCGAUAUCCAUCUACAUGUAUUAUAUAUUUCCAUUUAUAUUCCAUUACAUUUUUACAAUGACUCCACUAAGCAUGUAUUAUUCCUAAUUGCUUUGGUGGAGUCAUGAAAGUGACUGAUUUGUCAUAGCUUCUGCUUCCAUGUUUCAACCAAUAUUUGAGAUUCAUGAUAUUGGGCCGAAUAUUUGGGUCCAGUAUUUUAGUUCAGGGUCUGUUCUGGGUGGGAAUGAGGGAAUGUGAGUUUGAAAAAGCCAUUUUAGUGCAUUUGCUGUAUUUUAAUUUUGCUUUUAUCACACUGUUACUAUUUGAUCGCUUUUCUACUUUUGUAUCGUAUGUUUUUAAACUUGUCUAGUGUGGAGUGUUGAGUUCCCGUGGGGAGUAAUAUAGACAAUAACAUUGUUAGGGGUACAAGGAUUGUUUGCCUGAUUGUUGGGUAUUUCGGGUAAUUUGUGAGUUCCAUGGCGCAUGUCUCUGCUCCUCUGAUAGGUCACUGUAUUAGUUACUCUGAACUCUUAUGAGAAAAUGCAUGAAAUAAAUAAACACAUUGUAGCUCCUGA